AAAAAAAUAUUUCUAAAGAAUUUAACUGCCCUUCGUGUACUUCAAAUCGAAUACCCAAAAUGUCAAGAACUCCGUUCUCGACUAGAACUUCUUUCAACACAAUUAUGUUCUAGUGCAGCUUCACAAAUCUUUCAAAGGGAAUGUGCUGACAGUGAAACAGUUAGCAUUCAUAUAUUAAAUGUCCUUAGAAGGUUAUUACCUCCAAGCAUUAUGUUGCCUCCAAAUCGCCUUCAAGAACUUUUAAAGCAAUCCUGGUUAUACCAAACAAAACAAUGCGAUCUACACGUGCUUUCGCGAGAACAAAAUGUUCUCGAUGAUAGAGCGAUUCUAGUCGAUCACCAAUGCUCUAGCCGAGAAUUUCCUUCAAAAAAUACUUGUACUCUUUAUAUGCACAAUGCAGAAGUCUGGUGUGUUAAAUUCUCCCCUUGUGGUCAUUUUAUCGCUUCUGGUGCUAAAGGAAAUCAAGUUUUGGUUUGGAAAGUAGAAAGUCCAACCAAAGUUAAUGUAUUCCAAAGUAUGCAAAUUUUACAGGAUGUCCAUGCAAUUGGGAGUAUUUCUUGGAGUUAUGAUAGUCGAUAUCUUGCCGUUUGUGCAGCAGAACAGCCAAACGUGACUGGCUGUUUUAUUUAUUAUGUGCCUAGUGGUCGUUUAGUUAAAGAAUAUACUCGUUUUACUGGAGAUUCUUUUGCUUCUGUUUCAUUUUUUAAAGACAAAAGCCACAAAUUGGCAUGUGCUGGCCAGAAAGGACAUUUCCAUGUUUAUGACAUUCAUCGGCCUGAAGACAAUGCAAAAAUAAUUCGAAAAUAUGAUUUCGAAACUCAAAGAGAGCACACAAUAAUACAAGAAUCUUCACAAAUAAUGCAUUUUACUGUUGGACGUAAUGAAAGUUGUUGCCUUAUUACAACAAAAACGGAGGGGAUUCGCCUUUGGUGCUUAAAGACGAAUACACUUAUCCGAACGUUUUUUGGAGCGAAUCAUAAUGAUUAUAUAAUAACAAGUACAUUUGGUGGUCCCGACGACUCAUUUUGUGCUUCUGGAUCUGAAGACAACACUGUCACAAUUUGGAAUUUACGUCGUUCAAAUCCUGUAUGGAAAUUGCAUGGACAUUUAGGCACAGUUAAUUCAGUUAGUUGGAAUCCUGCAGAUUCGCAAAUGUUGGCUUCCGGCAGUGAUGAUGGAACUAUAAGAAUCUGGUCAACAGCUAUAGCCAAAUGA